CAAGCGCUCGCAACCGGAUUCCGAGAGACCACGCGGCUGUAGCGCAACUUCAUCCUCCUUCUCAUCCUCAUCCUCACGCUUUUUCUCUCACUCAAAGGAGCGGCCUCUGCCUGCGUGCUCGCCACACUCAACUCCGGUUUAUUGCCCACCACGACGACGGAAACCAUGUGAAGUGAUCAUUUGAAAACGUGGAAUUCUGGAAAUUAGGCUAACCAGGUCUCUAAUGUUUUCCGGCGACACCUCGUCUUUUUAUUUGACCAGUCAAGCAUCUGUAAAUUGAAAUGAGCUAUAAUGUAUCGCAGAUACCAACGCAAAUCUUCCGUAAUUCGUUUUAAACCAGCAGUUCUCACAAAGCCAGUUCAAUAUUAAAGUUAUCCGAACACAAAAUAAAUUUUUCUUUCACUUGCAUCUACAGGCAAACAAGCCUGAAGUAGCACGCUCCAGUGACCUAAGACUCCCGCCAGUUUAACUUUAGCACCAGGUUCGACCAAAGGGCUUCUAUUAAGGAAGGCACAUUCUAACGUCAUACACGGCUACCACCAUAACAUUCUGUGACUUCAUUUUCGCCUACCGAACAUUCGAAAGGAGGCCCACCUAUGAUGCAUACCGAUCAAGGGCUCGACCCUUCGUAACGUGCUCCGACCAGCCCGGUUGUUCAGUAAAUGAGCCAUAGACUUGCAAUGUCUUCCGACAGCCGGAGCAAAUCUCGCUCAAUUCACGCGACCGACUAGGAUCCCUGGAAACCAACCGCCGCGCACCCAGCUCUAAUGCCUCCCAGUCACCAACCGAACUCUUCGUCGGGCGUUCCCUCGGCCAUCGAAGACGAGGACAUUCCCGAGGACUACGACUACGAGGAGUCGGCGUGGCGCUUCGACCUCGCCGACCUGGUCCCCACCGCGGCCGUGUACGGCGCCACCCUCCUGCUGGGCCUGGUGGGCAACCUCCUGAUCGUGUACACGGUGGCCCGCUUCCCGCGCAUGCGCUCCAUCUCCAACCUGUUCCUGGCGUCGCUCGCCUCGGCCGACCUGCUCAUCGUGCUGCUCUGCGUGCCGGUCAAGUUCGGCCAGCUCUUCUCGUACACGUGGACGCUGGGCGAGGUGGGCUGCAAGCUGCUGCUCUACGUGCAGCACGUCUCCAUGAUCUGCUCCGUGCUCAACCUCACCUUCCUCAGCAUCGAGAGGUACUACGCGGUGAUCCAUCCAGUCCGCUCCCGCUACCUCUGUACCUUCAGCCAGGCGCGGCGGGUGAUAAUCUUCAUCUGGCUGGCCGCAUUCCUCACCGCACUGCCCAUCAUAUUCGUUCAGGUCCACGUGGAGAUGGGCCUUCGACGUCGCGCCUACUGGUGCAUGCGUGACGAGGCCAGCCCCGGAGCCUGGCGCUCCUUCGAGAUCUACAUGCUCAUCCUGGUGCUGUGCAUACCCACCCUGGUCAUGGGAUACGCCUACGCCAAGAUAUGCGCCCAGCUGUGGAUGGUCGUCCGAGAGCGGGCACAUCUCACGUCCGGCAUGACUUGCACGGAGAUGUUGGAGAAGACGUCCGGCAGCAAUCACUGCUUCGGCGCCAACGGUAACAAGAGGAUCCUUGGAAAGCCGUCGCGAGCCGACGAAGACACGGUGAAGCAGGUGAUCAAGAUGCUCAUCCUGGUCGUCUGCCUCUUCGUGCUCUGCUGGGCCCCGAUCCUGAUCCUGAACGUGCUCACGGCCUUCGGCAGCGUGUCGGCACUGAACUACUCCUACCUGAAGCCGCUGCGCACUUGCUUCCACCUGCUGUCGUACCUGAACAGCUGCGUCAACCCCCUCGUGUACGGCUUCAUGUCGCGCUCCUUUCGGGUCUCCUUCCGGGACGCCCUGUUCAGCUGUCUGCGCCAAAGCAGCGCGCCCCGGCGGGGGGCCACGUUCCGCAUGAGCAGGACGCACACCACCAGCGUCAGCAUGGGACGCUCGGGCACCUACGUCACAUGACGUCAACCACCGCAGCCUUGCGUCCGCUGCAUCCGCUGGUCGACGAGCUGCGGUCCCGCUCUCGACGCCACCACAACGUCAAGCGUCGACGGCUAAAAAUAAUGCCGAAUGCCCCAGCUGAACCAAGGGUCACUAGUGAAAGCAAAGAGAAUCGGGCUGUACGUCGCAUGACCUCAAUCACUGAAGCCAUACGUGUCCUGCACCCAUCCGCAACAGGUGUUGACGGUUAACAGAGGGCAUCUGAGUCAAACCAGAUCUCUUCAGCAGAACGAGUGUGAAGUGUUCCAGCUGUGUUUCUUUCUGUAAAGAGCUUGAAUGCAGGUGGACAGAGCUGAGAUAUAAAACGGAGGGCAAAGGACAGUCACCGACUCGUCUGAUUGUUGGAAGAGAAGACGUCGCCUGAGAGAUGAACUUCGGCGCUCGGAGUGCCCUGCUAGUGAGAGUCGCAUGAGUAUGUGUGAUCCUUGGAACGUGAAGAAGGAUCCUCGUUCCAUCGAGCGGCCAUAGGAUAGUGCUACGAGGGCAACAGGUGUUGACGGCUAACAGGAGGGCAUCUGGAUCAGACCAGAUGUCCUCAGUCGAACGAGGGCGAAGUGUUCCAGGUGUGUUUCCUUCUGCAAAGAGCUUGAAUGCAGGUGGACGGAGCUAGGAUGUAAAAUCGAUGGCAAAGAACAGAGCCACCGACCCGCCUAAUCGUUGAAAGAGAAGACAUCGCCAAAGAGAUGAACUUCGGCUCUCAGAGUGUCCUGCUAAUGAGAGUCGUAUGAGUAGGUGUGAUCCCUGGAACGUGAACAAGGAUCCUAGUUGCAUUGAGUGGCCAUUGGAUAGUGCUACGAGGAGGUCUUGCAGUGGUAGAGCAAAGCCACGGAUAGACGGAGAAAAGCGUUUGUGUGGUUAAGCCUGCGUUACGUUAAGUGACUAGUGAAAUGCGCGCAAGUCGUUAGGAUAUGUCAUUCAGAUCUUUCCGGGAUAAACACGUUGUUUUGAAGAUUGUAGGCGUGCGGGUAACGGUGCAGGAUAGUUGAAAAAAACAUGUAUCGAUGAAAGAAAGCGAAGUGGCGUUCGAACCAGCUCCAAGCUCCGGCCAGAAUAAGCUCAAGUACGAAAGUUUCUGAUACCAUGUUGUCAUCAAAAAGCUGCGAAUCAAGAUAAUUAUCAAGUCGAGACCGCGAAAGUUGCUUUGAAACAAAGUUUUUCCUCGCUGCGUGGUGAGCACCCGGUGAAGGGUAACUUUUCGAGUUGUCUCGAGAUCUCCGAUCGCCGGCAAGUUUGGCACAGAUGAAGAAAUCAAAUAAUGAACCUGUGGGCCACAUCAGAUCGAACCGAUUUCCGCCUCCUAUUGUACAACAAGAAAGAAAGGCUUAGUGAGUGCGUGAUCACUCUGGGUGGAAACUAUGAAGCCGCAGUUUCGCCGUCCGAAGCAGUUUGCAGCGCCACGCUAGAUUUGCGUGCCCUUAUGCGGUGACUGCCGCCGGUCCUGCGCGAUGACGACGAAAACUUGAACAGAAAGUCAGUUAGUUGAAUAGCGAACAUUCAAUAUGGCGAUGAGCGUGACGUAGACAUCCCUCGUUGAAUUCCCGUGGUGUCUUCACGACAGUCACCCGACUUUAGUGUCUCACCCCCGUGACAAGGUGUGCAUGCAACAACGUAGGUCCAUACCGUCGCUCUCUGUUGCGGCGCCUUCAGCGGUGACUUCAGACGUCCGAAGAUGAGGAUGCGUAGAGACCAAGAGUCGACGUAUUAGAAGCGACGGAUUAAGUCCCUAGUUCUGCAGAGACGUUGAAGAACUGUAUGCACGACACUGCUUACUACUGUUUGAAGUCUCUCUUUGUUCGUCAGCAAUUUGGAGACACUGUCACAAAGUCACAGAACAAAAAUUGCGCUGUACGAGUAUGAGUGGCGUACGUUCCGGCUGCAUUUCCCACGCAGAAUUCGCUGAAGGUGCAUAAGUCGCCGCGUUUAUAUACAGUGCUAAACUGAAUAUAAAUAGCGAAUAUUAUACUGAACGGCUCGUUCACUAUAAACGGGCCUUAUGCAGGAGUAAUAGGAUUUCAGACUCUUGCAAGAGUACUGACACGAAAUUCUCUAUUUUGCUCUUUGUGUUUUUUCUGUUUUUUGUUUUGUUUUUGUUUAAACGAUGGUUCCCGACCUCGAAGUCCUACAAGAAGUACUGACAAGCCUCAUAAUUCCCAACUUGUUAUAAAUGAUGUUCUGCGUCCAGCAUCUGUCUCGUUUCCCAGCAAGCCAGAGUGAGUGCCAAAGCGACAUCAUGUUCAGAUUCCGCGUUCUGCUAUGUAAUAACAUCAGAACAGAUACGUACACCAAGAGAAAAACAAAACCGAAAUUGAACACAGGACAUUUUCGUCAUUGCAUAGUUUGGGUGCUCCGAGGCUUGCCAAAAAUUUAGAGCGAAGCUGUUAGCCGACUAGAAGCAUAUAGGAACUCUAUAUACCUGUUUUCGCGGUUGUCUAAAAAAGAAAGGAAAACCGGAUCACCCACAAAAUUUAUGCUUUCAGGAAAUAUGUGACAUAUUAUGAGCAAUUUUAAGGCGAAUUCCGAAGUGCGUGUCUUUUAAGGGGUAAGCGGAAAUUUGCUAAGUCGGCGUUAUAUGAAAUGUUUACAGAGGUCGUCGCUCCCUUGGGUCGAUUUAAAAUGGCAGCGGUCUCAUAUUUCAUGGAAAUGGUGGCCAUUCAAUGGGUGACACUUACUUAAAGUUGGAAGUGCAUGGGGCAAUCAUGCGUUUUAAAAUGAAUUACUGAAUGUUUAUUUCUUGCCAAUUUUGCGUGUAACGCAAAACGUGUAGUUAGGUUUCACGGUCUACACACGUCUAAUUAUGCGAGACACAUUAUUUAUAUUUCGUUGAAGCACGAAGCGUGUUUAUUCGAAAGUGUCAUGCAGCCGUUAUCAGCGAUAUCUCCCAAUGUUCCGAGAGACUUCUACGUAACAUCAAGUUCGUAUUUAGUGGAAAUAGUGAUUAUGUUUGGCGAAA